GUCUACUAUUCUUGUGGGCAGUCUUCUCUUCCCUUUUCUCUGCGUCAAAUUUAUCGCCGAUUUCGGACACCGAAUCCUACAAUUUCCCUAUCAAGAACUUAAAAGGCAGCUGUCUGGCAUGGCUUCGUUCCGAGCCUUCUUGAACAGUCCUGUUGGUCCCAAAACAACUCACUUUUGGGGGCCUAUUGCUAAUUGGGGAUUUGUUGCUGCGGGAUUGGCGGACAUGAAGAAGCCUCCAGAAAUGAUUUCCGGAAACAUGACAGCAGCAAUGUGUGUCUAUUCUGCAUUAUUCAUGAGAUUUGCAUGGAUGGUACAGCCGCGCAACUAUCUUCUUUUGGUGUGCCAUGCCUCGAAUGAAACCGUACAACUGUAUCAACUCUCUCGCUGGGCAAAGGGUCAGGGGUACUUGUCCGAGAAGAAAGAGGAAGCUGCUUCUGAGUAGGAUAGCGCUUUUUCUAUUCCUCCUCUUUCAGUGUUUGUUAUGAUUUUCUAAGAGAUAUUUACUGAUCUCUGAUAUGUGACUCAUUUGAAAUAAUUUUACUGCCAGAAAAAUGUGAUGUGAGCAUAUCACUCUUCAGUUGAUUUAUCUAAACCUUUUCUGGUAAGAAAAAGAAAGGGGGGAUUUGUGUCA